UCACCAGCCUAAAAAUAAUCCACUCCAGGGCUUGGAGCGGCUUCACUAAGUGGAGGAAAAUCCUGCCAUCGGGAUGAUAUUGAUCACAUAGCACAACCGAGUGACAAUUUGAGUUGGUAUUUUGGUUUUGUGUUUACAAAGAGAAUGGAUCAGGCUCUCCAUCAACUUGUGUUCUACUGAAGAGUGAGUAGGUUGCCCAUCAGCUUUUGCACCACAUAAUCAAAACUUCUGGAAGCAAUGAGACUCGCGUUUUGUGGUAACGACAAUGCUUCAGCCUACAACAUCAGUGCUGGCGUCCUGAGAAAUGUCUGCUUUGUCGAUGCACUCAACUUGGUUCCCCAUGUCUUCUUGCUAUUUAUCACCUUCCCAAUUUUGUUCAUUGGCUGGGGAAGCCAAAGCUCCAAAGUCCAGAUUCACCACAAUACCUGGCUGCAUUUUCCUGGACACAACCUGCGGUGGAUCCUGACAUUUACCCUUCUGUUUGUACACGUGUGUGAAAUAGCAGAGGGCAUAGUUUCUGAUACACAAAUGAAAUCUCGCCAUCUGCACCUUUUUCUACCAGCUAUAAUGGGAUUUGUGGCUGCCACUGUAUCUAUAGUCUAUUACCAUAAUAUAGAAACGUCUAAUUUUCCAAAGUUACUAUUGGCUCUCUUUCUUUACUGGAUAAUGGCCUUUGUCACUAAAACAAUCAAGCUUGUGAGAUACUGCCAGGAUGGUGUGCCCUUUUCUCAGCUGCGUUUCUGCAUCACUGGAAUUAUGGUCAUUCUCUAUGGGCUGCUGAUGGCCGUGGAGAUCAAUGUCAUUCGAGUUAGGAGGUAUGUAUUUUUCAUGAACCCUCAGAAAGUAAAGCCACCAGAGGAUCUACAAGACCUGGGGGUGAGGUUUCUGCAGCCAUUUGUCAAUUUGCUCUCAAAGGCUACUUAUUGGUGGAUGAAUACUCUUAUUAUAUCUGCUCACAAGAAGCCUGUGGACCUGAAGGCAAUCGGAAAGCUUCCAAUUGCAAUGAGAGCACUGACAAAUUAUGUUUGUCUGAAAGAAGCAUAUGAGGAACAAAAGAAAAAGGUAGCAGACCAGCCCAACCGGAGCCCCUCCAUAUGGUUAGCCAUUUACAGCGCUUUUGGACGACCAAUUCUUCUCAGCAGCACGUUCCGUUAUUUGGCUGACUUGUUGGGUUUUGCUGGGCCAUUAUGCAUUUCGGGCAUUGUCCAGGGCUUCCAGAAUACAACUAAUAAUACAAAUACAACAGAAAAGGUGAAGGAUCCAUCAAAUUCUUAUCUUUCCUCAGAUGUAUUCCUCAGGAAUGUUUAUGUUUUGGCAGUUCUUCUCUUCCUAGCCCUUAUCUUACAGAGGACAUUCCUGCAGGCAUCCUACUAUGUGACUACAGAAACUGGCAUCAACCUACGAGGUGCUUUACUGGCAAUGAUAUAUAAUAAGAUCCUAAGGCUUUCCACAUCCAACUUGUCCAUGGGAGAGAUGACACUGGGACAAAUCAAUAACCUGGUUGCCAUAGAAACAAACCAAUUAAUGUGGUUCUUGUUCCUGUGCCCCAAUUUGUGGGCAAUGCCUGUUCAGAUAAUAAUGGGUGUGAUUCUGCUCUAUAAUUUACUUGGAGAAAGUGCAUUGGUUGGUGCUGCUGUCAUUGUACUGUUAGCUCCAAUACAGUACUUUAUAGCUACGAAGUUGGCCGAGGCUCAAAAGAGCACUCUAGACUAUUCUACUGAGAGAUUAAAGAAAACCAAUGAGAUACUAAAAGGCAUUAAGUUAUUAAAGUUGUAUGCCUGGGAGCACAUAUUCUGUACUAGUGUGGAAGAAACAAGAAUGAAGGAACUCACCAGUCUCAAAACCUUUGCACUUCAUACAUCUCUUUCCAUUUUUAUGAAUGCAGCCAUACCAAUAGCGGCUGUUCUUGCAACCUUUGUGACUUAUGCAUAUACCAAUGACAAGCCACUGCAGCCUGCCCAGGCCUUUGCAUCACUGUCACUGUUUCACAUCCUGGUCACACCACUGUUUCUGCUCUCCACAGUGGUUCGUUUUGCAGUCAAGGCUAUCAUAAGUGUACAGAAGCUGAAUGAGUUUCUCCUGAGUGAUGAGAUUGGAGAUGACAGCUGGCGAGGUGGGGAUGGCUCUGUAGCUUAUGAAUCCUGUAAGAAGCACACAGGACUCCACACCAAGGCCAUUAACAGGAGGCAGCCCUUGAGGUAUCAACUUGAAAGCUAUGAACAGCCAAUAAGGAAGCAAACACGUCCUGUGGAGAUAGAUGAUAUUGCAAUCAAGGUAACCAAUGGAUACUUUUCAUGGGGAAGUGGUUUAGCUACAUUGUCCAACAUAAACAUUAGAAUCCCAACAGGUCAGAUGACAAUGAUUGUGGGUCAAGUUGGCUGUGGCAAGUCAUCACUUCUUCUUGCUAUAUUGGGAGAGAUGCAGACACUGGAAGGAAAAGUUCACUGGAACAAACUGCCCGACAAACAGAUGAAUACAGAAGGAUGCUUCAGUGUAAAUGAAACGGAAUCUUCUUUUGAAGCACCCAGAAGCAGAAACAGAUACUCAGUGGCUUAUGCAGCUCAGAAACCAUGGCUGCUGAAUGCAACCGUGGAGGAGAACAUUAUCUUUGGGAGCCCAUUUAAUAAACAGAGGUAUAAAGCUGUUACGGAUGCAUGCUCUCUGCAGCCUGACAUUGACUUACUACCAUUUGGUGAUCAGACAGAAAUUGGAGAGAGGGGGAUUAAUUUAAGUGGUGGCCAACGACAGAGAAUCUGUGUAGCUCGAGCACUCUACCAGAACACCAACAUUGUCUUCUUGGAUGACCCAUUCUCUGCACUGGACAUACAUUUAAGUGAUCACCUAAUGCAGGAAGGGAUUUUGAAGUUUUUGCAAGAAGACAAGAGGACUCUUGUUCUGGUGACACAUAAGUUACAGUAUCUACCCCAUGCUGAUUGGAUAAUUGCAAUGAAGGAUGGAAUGGUGCUUAGAGAAGGGACACUAAAGGAUAUCCAAAACAAGGACACUGAGCUAUAUGAACACUGGAAAACCUUGAUGAAUCGCCAGGAUCAAGAAUUGGAAAAGGAAAUGGAAGCUGACCAGACUACUCUUGAAAGAAAAACCCUUAGAAGGGCCAUGUACCCCAGAGAAUCUAAAGCACAAUUGGAAGAUGAAGAUGAAGAAGAAGAAGAAGAAGAAGAUGAAGAUGAUAAUAUGUCAACUGUCUUGAGGCUCAGGACAAAGAUGCCUUGGAAAACCUGCUGGAGAUAUCUAACCUCUGGAGGAUUUUUCUUGCUCUUUCUGAUGAUUUUCUCAAAGUUGUUGAAACACUCAGUUAUAGUGGCCAUAGAUUAUUGGCUUGCUACAUGGACAUCCAUGGACAAUGCAAAUGAAGUCAGGAACGCUGAUGAAGUUAAGAGCACAAAUAAGACUUACCAUGUAGCUGUCUUCAGCAUCCUCUCUGGAGCAGGGAUUGUCCUUUGCCUGAUCACAUCUCUAACUGUGGAAUGGAUGGGCCUCACAGCUGCCAAGAACCUACACCAUAAUCUCCUCAAUAAAAUCAUCCUUGGACCAAUCAGAUUCUUUGAUAUGACUCCAUUGGGGCUAAUUCUAAAUCGCUUCUCUGCUGAUACAAAUAUCAUUGAUCAGCACAUCCCUCCUACAUUGGAGUCUCUUACCCGGUCCACUUUACUCUGCCUGUCAGCCAUCGGAAUGAUCUCCUAUGCCACUCCUUGGUUCCUUGUUGCCCUUGUGCCUCUUGGGAUAGCAUUUUAUUUCAUCCAGAAAUACUUCAGAGUUGCUUCCAAGGAUCUACAGGAGCUUGAUGACAGCACACAGUUACCUUUACUUUGUCACUUCUCUGAAACAGCUGAAGGCCUUACCACCAUCAGAGCAUUCAGGCACGAAGCCAGAUUUAAACAACGUAUGCUGGAACUAACCGACACGAACAACAUUGCCUACUUAUUUCUAUCAGCUGCCAACAGAUGGCUGGAGGUCAGGACGGAUUACCUUGGUGCUUGUAUAGUUUUGACUGCAGCAGUCACUUCCAUCACUGAGGGGCCUAACUCAGGCUUUGUGGGGUUGGGUCUCCUGUAUGCUCUGACGAUAACCAACUAUUUGAACUGGGUGGUGAGGAAUCUGGCUGAUCUGGAGGUGCAGAUGGGUGCAGUAAAAAAAGUACACAGCUUUCUGAACAUGGAGUCAGAGAACUAUGAUGGCUACUUAGAUCCCUCUCAAGUUCCCAAAGAUUGGCCCCAGGAGGGGGAAAUCAAGAUUGAAAAUUUGUGUGUUCGAUACGAAAACAACCUGAAGCCUGUGCUUAAACAUGUUAAAGCAUAUAUCAAACCGGGACAAAAGGUUGGGAUCUGUGGUCGUACUGGCAGUGGCAAGUCAUCCCUGUCUUUGGCAUUCUUCAGAAUGGUGGAUAUAUUUGAUGGGAGGAUAGUGAUUGAUGGAAUAGACAUCAGCAAAUUGCCUCUUCAUACUCUCCGUUCUCGACUUUCCAUUAUUCUCCAGGAUCCAAUAUUGUUCAGUGGCUCCAUUCGCUUUAAUUUGGACCCAGAAUGCAAGUGCACUGAUGACAGGCUCUGGGAAGCUUUGGAGAUUGCUCAGUUGAAGAAUAUGGUCAAGUCAUUGCCAGGAGGCCUUGAUGCAAUGGUCACAGAAGGAGGAGAGAACUUUAGUGUAGGACAAAGGCAACUCUUCUGUCUGGCCCGAGCCUUUGUCCGCAAGAGUAGCAUUCUCAUCAUGGACGAAGCCACAGCAUCUAUUGACAUGGCCACAGAAAACAUUUUGCAGAAGGUUGUGAUGACCGCCUUUGCAGACCGAACAGUUGUAACAAUAGCGCAUCGGGUUCACACCAUACUAACGGCAGAUCUGGUCAUCGUCAUGAAGCGAGGGAACAUUUUAGAAUAUGAUACUCCUGAGAACCUACUUUCUCAAGAAGAUGGCAUCUUUGCUUCCUUUGUCCGGGCUGACAUGUGAAGAAUCACAAGAUACAUUUAAAUAGCUUAUUUUUAAACAAAUCAAAUGCAAAUAUUUUCUCUUCAAUGUAACAUAAUUUUUAUUUAGAGGCUCUUUCUUCACACUUCCAUCUUCCAAAAUAAUAAAACCUGUCGCAAUACACGUAUGCCUCAAAGCAAUAAAAAUGUCAUUUAAUUCAAAAACUAUUAAACUUCACAUACACACAUACGCAUGCAUAUACAAAGGCAGAAGUUUUUAUUUCCCAUGAAUUUGGCAUUAUUAUUAGACUUUUUAGUCACCUUAUUUUCUUUUAUAGAGAGCAAAAGAAUGCACUGCUCUUAUAAACUGCAUGUGUUGUUCUGGAAGUGGAAAUUAAAUCCUGCCGUUUGUCAGGGAAACCCAUAACACUUGGGGCAAUCUGCUGCAUUCCAAAGGAAUAAACGUUGCUCUUCAAGAUAUAAUGGAGGAGAGGUGAAUGAGGGAAGGGAAUUUCACCAAAAAUAAGGAAAUUCUUCCUGUACUUCAGUGAGGCACACAGUGCUAUUUUUCAGCGCAACAAUGGCUCAUCCCUGCAGUCAGUUCCUAAAUCAUAUGUUCUGCAUACUUUCUUUAAUCAAAGAUGCUAAUCAUAAGUCAGAGACGUAAAUCAUCCUAUUAUUAUGCAUGCUUUGAUAGACUUGUAGAAGAAUUUUGUAUAUUAUCUUAAGACUUUGUAUAAAAAUUAUUCUGAAUUUAUAAACUCAAUAUUAGCUGAUCUUUUGAAGAUGUCCAUAGAAAUAUUCUACUUAAAAUUACAUGUAAUUGGCCAACCACUAAUUGUUUUUUAUGUCUUUAGUUGCUCACAUUAUGUUUAAUCCUGAGGCAACCUUUCUUUUUGCUGUACACAUUUCUGGCAUUUCUCUACAUCAGAUCUAGUCCAAGAAGGUAUGAUUUUCAAAUUAUUAAUAUAUUUUUAAUUAUUUAGGUGAAUUUAGGUACGUAUUUACAUGGUACAGCUUUGGAAAGGUUGCCUGCACUUGACUAGGCUAUGGCUAGGUUAUGAACAAUGACAACUGCACAACAGACAGAAAACCUGAAGACGGACUUUCAAGACAUACUUCCAAAGGCACAGCUUAAGAUAUCAGCUUCACUAGUAGUGUUCAAUGUGAUUCUUAUUCCUUUAUUCGUAUAAGAUUUAGGAGGAACAUGAGGUGCACUUUAGCCUACUUCUAGUAUAAUCAAAAGAACAUAAGGCACAGUACCUGGCAAAAAAAAUUGCUAUGAAUUUUGGACAAAGUUGUAGGCCUUAGGUUUGGGAUUAUAUAGUCUGGUAGUAUAAGAAAUGAUACAGUGGUUUAUUUUUUCGUUUUUUGGGGUUUUUUUUUCCAUCUUAACUAUUGGAAAUAAAAGCUAUGUGACACUAAACAAAAAACCUCAGUCUUAAACAUUUUAUGAAGGGAAGUACUUCUGUGAUUUCCCUGUCUACUGCUGUGAAAAAUUUUUGCUCUUUUCUGAAUUAAUUCCCUGUGUUGAUCCUUGUUACACAAAGAAAAUAAAAAAUACAGCAGAUGUUUACAAUGGAAGCGCAUCUUAUUACACAGUUUUCAGAGCCAAAAGGCCAAAAUCAUUCUUGAUUUCAUUC